AACAAAAUAAAAAAAGCGCAUGCUACAGUAGCAUAAACCGCUCUUUCAAGGGUUUUGUGUGUUUUCCAUUGAAACAUUUCUCUAAAAAUGGCGAAUCCAAGGUGUUAUUUGGACAUAAGUAUUGGUGGAGAACUUGAAGGAAGAAUGGUCAUUGAACUUUACAAAGACAUUGUUCCUAAAACUGUUGAAAAUUUUAGAGCUCUUUGUACUGGUGAAAAAGGCAUUGGACCUCACACUGGUGUUCCUCUCCAUUACAAGGGUUCUUGCUUUCAUCAUGUCGUCAGAGGCUUUAUGUUACAAGGCGGGGAUAUAUCUGCUGGAAACGGAACUGGUGGGGAAUCAAUUUAUGGCUUGACAUUUGAAGAUGAAAAUUUAAAACUUAAACAUGAAAGAAAAGGGAUGCUUUCUAUGGCUAAUUCUGGUCCAAAUACAAAUGGGUCUCAAUUUUUCAUCACCGCUUCUCAAGCACAUAUUCUAGAUGGAAAGAAUAUUGUGUUUGGAAGAGUAAUCAGGGGUUUGGGGAUGAUUCGUGCAAUUGAACAUGGUAAAACAAGUGAAGAUGGUUUUCCUGCUCUUCCUGUGACAAUAGAGGAUUGUGGAGAAAUUCCAGAGGGAGCAGAUGAUGGCACGAUUAACUUCUUUAAAGACGGUGACACUUACCCUGAUUGGCCAAUAGAUCUUGACGUGAAACCAGAUGAAGUUGCUUGGUGGAUAAAUGCUGUUGACUCUAUCAAAGGCUUUGGCAAUGAACAUUACAAGAAGGAAGACUAUAAGAUGGCUAUCAAAAAGUACAGGAAGGCUGUUCGUUAUACUGACUUGUGCUGGGAUAAGGAAGACAUUGAUGAAGCAAAAAGCGAGUAUUUGAGGAAGACAAAGUCCCAGAUACUUGCAAAUAGUUCUGCCUGUAAACUGAAGUUAGGAGAUCUAACUGGAGCAUUGUUGGAUGCUGAUGCUGCAAUUUAUGAUGGAGAAGACAAUGUCAAAGCUUUUUACCGCCAAGGCCAGGCAUAUCUGGCAAUGAAUGCUAUAGAUGCAGCAGCUGAAAGUUUUAAGAAGGCACUGCAGUUAGAGCCAAACAAUGGUGGGAUAAAGAAGGAGCUCGCUGCUGCAAUGAAGAAGAUUACUUAUAAACUAGACCAGGAGAAGAAGGGUUAUGCUAAAAUGUUUCAGUAAAAUUUCCAAUGGCUGUUAGUAAUACUUGUUAGUUGAAUCUUUUGGCACAGAUCACAAUAGACAUAUAGUGGUGCAGGUUUACAUCCUGGCCUCAAACAAGCUAGAAUCAGGGUUUUUUCUCAACUUCUCAUGGAGUACAAAAACUAACUAUGGUGAAUCAAAGUUUGAGCUGAUUUUUGACUUGACUUCUAAUUCUGCUAGUGGGAGUUCUUUUGUUGAAUACGAAAUAUAUAGGACUGAAUAUACCUCAACGUGUUUUGUACAGAAAGGAAAGGCAAUUUAAUGCAGGAAAAAAAGUAUCUUUCCGUUCUAAUAUAUAUGGAUGUUUGGAUUACCCAACUUAGUUACAUGUGGCUUCAGCAAAAGCUCUUUGUCUCA